ACAUUGGGAAAACAUUUUUAGAGAGGCCAAAAGGCUCUUCGUCUGCAGCCAGCAGCUCUCCACUACAGCAAGCAGCCAUGACUGAGAGACGUAUUCCUUUCACCGUGCUCCGCACCCCAAGCUGGGACCCAUUCCGUGACUGGCAGAACAGCCGCAUCUUCGACCAGGCCUUCGCCAUGCCGGCUCUGCCCGAGGACUUCCCCACAUUCCCCAGCACCCACUGGCCCGGGUACAUGCGGCCUUCCUUCAUGGUCCCAGACAUGGGCGCCAUGAUGCCUCACUCUCCCAUGAUGUACCCCAAUCCCAUGAUGGCCCAGCAGCAGGCUCGCGCCUUGACCCGCCAGAUGAGUAGCGGUAUGUCAGAGAUCAAGCAGACCCAAGACAACUGGAAGGUGUCCCUGGAUGUCAACCACUUUUCACCCGAGGAGCUGGUGGUGAAGACCAAGGACGGUGUGGUGGAAAUCACUGGCAAGCACGAGGAGAGGAAGGACGAGCACGGCUUUGUGUCCAGAACCUUCACCAGGAAAUACACCCUUCCCCCGUCAGCUAACGUCGAGAAGGUGACCUCCUCCCUGUCUCCUGAGGGGUUGCUGACCGUGGAGGCUCCUUUGAUCGUACCGGCCAUUGAGUCCUCAGAAACCACGAUACCUGUCACCGUGGACACACAAGGUGGCGUGGUGAAGAAGUAGGAGGACAAGCAGCACAGUCUGCCACACACACACACAUAUAUAUUCAAACACCUUUUUUUGUACAAAAUGCUUCUAUAGAAAGGUGAGGAAGCAGCUUAUCGCUCUUCCAAGCACACUUCACACAGCGGAGAGAGGAAAGCGAAGGGAUUGCCCUUGCUCUCCUCUCUCCGCUCUCUGUCUCUGGUAAUGAGCCAACCCCAGCUGAGUGCACUGUGUAAACACAUCUGCACCAAUGCCAUAUGCCUGCUCAUUCUGCUGUAAUUACACUCUUCAUCUGAAUGUAGGAAAUCUCAGCUUAACCCUGCACACUCUCCCUCCCUCACUUGCACACACAUACACCUUUUUUUCUGACUAAACCUCCUUCAUGAUGCCUCUACAGACACACUAAAGCAGAUUUAAGAAGCACAAUCACAGCCACUAUAAGUGUAGAACAAUGCCUGGUGGUCGUCUGCCUGGACUGGAAAUAUACUGGCUUUAUGUUGCCUUUUGAAACUAUUCAGUCGUGCAAAAAGAAAAAGAAUAAAGAA